AUGGCGGAGGAGAUGAGGCCGCUGUUCGACGCGUCGGCAUACGUGCUGUUCGAGGCGAUCGGUGAUUCCGAGGCGGAGGAUUUCAACGGCGUCGGCUCCGUCGCGGCGGCGGAGGACGACGCGCAGUCGUGCAGCGGCGGAUCCGCGUCCGGCGGCGCGAGGGGGGAGGUUGCCGGGGCGGACGGCGGCGGCGUAGAUCCCCGCCCCGCGGACGUUUGCGAUCGGGUUAGGGAGGAGGAGGAGGAGGGGAGCGAUCUGGAGGACGGCGUCGUGGAUCAGCGCCGCGGCGGAGGUACGGCGUCGCCGGCGGCGGAAGGUGUGAAGAUGAUGAUGGGCGAGAGGGAAGGGGAUAGGUUGUUUUGGGAGGCGUGUUUGGCAUCUCGUGAUUAA